AUGAUGAAUAAGCUCUUAUUGUGGAACAUCAGAUCAGUUAAUACUCAGCAAUCCUUUGAGAGAUUAACUAAUCUGAAUAGAAGAAACAGAUACAGUAUUAUUGGUCUGAUGGAACCAUUUGAAGAUGCUGAACAAGUAGAAAUAUUUAGAAGGAAGUUAGGUAUGGAAACAACUUUUGUCAAUAUCUCAGGCAAAAUCUGGUUAUUCCUCUCAGAGGAUGUACAGGGUUCGGUGGAGAUAGACAAUGAACAACUGAUUACUUUGAAGCUGUUUCACCAAAUUUUAAACUGUAAUAUAGUAUUAACAGUAGUGUAUGCCUCUUGUGAUGUUGGAGAAAGAAGAAUGCUUUGGGAUUCCAUUAGCCAGGAUCUUGGAUAUGUAGGUAGCACAUAUACACGGUGGAAUGGAAGAGCUGAAGAAGCAUGCAUUUUUAAAAGAUUGGACAAGAUGGUUUGUAAUGAUAAAUUGCUAGAUGUAAUGCCCACCAUGAAGGUAACUCAUCUGAUAAAAAAGGGAUCUGAUCAUUCUCCUUUGGAGCUUGAGUUCUCCACAACUACUCAGUUUCCAGGAGGUUAUCAAGCAACACUGUGUAUAGAUUUUGGAGGAAAUCCAUUUACCGAGUUUCAUCACAAGCUCAAAAAGGUGAAGAAUGCAUUGAGAAUUUGGAGUAAGAACACAGAUGGCAAUAUUUUUCAGCAAAUUGCAUCACUGGAAGAGGUAAUAAAAGUCCACGAGGAGCAGUUUGAAUCAUCUCCAAUAGUACAGAAUAGAGAGAGACUACAUGGGGUACAGGCAGACCUUAGUAGAUUCUUACAGUUGGAAGAACUGUUUUGGAAACAAAAGUCAGGACUAACAUGGUUUCAAGAUGGAGAUAGAAACUCGAAGUUCUUCCAUACCUAUGUAAAAGGGAGGAGAAAGAAGCUCAGAGUGGAUAAUAUCCAAGAUGCUAAUGGAAAUUGGCUAACCAAUCAAGAGGAGAUCUCACAAGAAGCAGUCAGAUGUUAUCAGAAGCAGUUUGAAGAAGAUAGAAUUCCUUCUAAGUUUGGUUUACUAAAGAAUAUCCCUAGCCUAGUCACAGAAGUUUAG